UCUCUUUCUCUUUCUCUAUCUCCCACACCACUGUAAAAUCUCUCUUUCCCUUUUGUAUAUAUUAACUCUCACACCCAUGUCUGCAUUUUGAAGAAUUUCCUUCCUCCCCUCUUAAUCAUAUAUAACAUCCUGUCCUAAAUAUAUACACAUAUGGGUUCAAGAAGGCAAAGGAAGCAAAGAUGGUGCAGUCAUCAAACGCUAACACCCUUACUGGAAGGACCAGACCCAGACAUGCAAGACGAAGGAAACAAGAAGGAGAGUUCAUGGGAAGUUAUUCGCGAAUGGUUUCGUUUGCAGAGAGGAUUUUCUGGGAACAAUAAUAGUAUUUCGAUCUCUUCUUCAUACUCUGCAAAUAUUGUUCCUGCCAAGACCCAUGAUUUGAGGCUUUUACUCGGUGUAUUAGGCUGCCCGCUAGCCCCCAUUCCUUUACCCCAUCAUCUUCUUCAUCAUCCUCUCCCCAUUAAAGACUUCCCCAUUGAAACUUCAAUGGCACAUUACAUAAUACAGCAGUACUUGGCGGCGACAGGGUGUUUGAAACAAGAGAAGAGUAGAAAGAAUAUGUAUGUUACAGGAGGUGUGAAGAUGAUUUGCUGUGAAACAGAGAUAUCUUCGGGGAAGACGGUGAAGAGUUUGGGGACGAGAAGCGGAGAAAACGGCUGCUUCUUGCUGUGGCAAAUGGCGCCGGAGAUGUGGUCGUUGGAGUUAGUGGUGGGCGGGAAUAAAGUGAUCGCGGGCAGUGACGGGAAGAUUGUUUGGCGACAUGCUGCCUGGCUUGGUACUCAUGUAGCUAAAGGUCCUAAACGCCCGCUUCGUCGCAUUAUUCAGGGACUAGAUCCAAAGACAACAGCAAGUUUAUUUGUGAAAGGAGAAUGGUUAGGGGAGAAACAAAUCGGCGAUGAAGAAUGCUUCGUGGUGAAAGUAAUUGCCGACCGUGAAGCGGUGGUCGAGAGAAGCGAGGGUCCGGCUGAGGUGAUCCGACACGUGUUGUACGGCUAUUUUGGCCAGAAGAGUGGAUUGUUGGUGUAUGUAGAGGACUCUCAUCUAAUAAGAGUACAAAACGGCGACACUUUUGUCUAUUGGGAAACUACCAUACGCAGUACCAUUGGAGACUAUAGAGACGUUGAUGGAGUUAUGAUUGGUCACCAAAGGAAGGCAAUUGCCACAGUGUUUCGAUUCGAACAAGACUCGAUGCAACACAAUAUUAAAUACUUGAGUGUAAAAUCACUCAAUGAAGAUGAUGAUCCAAAAUGA